AAGCACUACUAAUCUCUCCUUCUUCUUCAUCAUCAGUCAAAUUCUUCUUCGUCACCAUUUCCUUGCGAUUUGAAGUUGUUCCUUUCUCCCGCUCUCUUGUUUUACAGAAUUCUCGAAGAUCCGAUUCUCUGUUUCCGUGCAUACAAAAGUUUCCUCUCCAGUUGACAUUUACUCAAGGAGCGAUGCAGAAUCAGGAUGAUGCUGUAACUGGAACUGAAUUCACGUUGAAGACUGGGCAAGCAUCUGAGGUUGAAGAUUGGGCGAAUUACAGGGAUGAUGAAGUUAUGCAACAGCAAUCUGCAAUACGUGCUGUAGAAGCGGAGAAAAUUCAUUUUGUGGGUGACAAGGAACCACUCUCUUCACUAACAGCUGAAUAUCAGUCAGGGAGCCCAAUUUUAGUAGAGAAAAUAAAGGUCCUUGGUGAAAAAUUUGAUGCUAUUAGGCGGAUGAGGGGAGAUGGAAACUGUUUCUUCCGGGCCUUUAUGUUCUCAUACUUGGAGCAUAUUUUGGUAUCACAAGAUCGAGCUGAAGUAGACCGCGUUAAAGCAAAAGUUGAAGAGUGUAGAAACACUCUUCGAGGUUUAGGAUAUUCAGACUUCACAUUUGAAGAUUUUUUUGAGUUAUUCUUGGAACAACUGGAUGCUGUUCUUCAAGGAAAUGAAGCUUCCAUCAGUUCUGAUGAUCUUGUACAAAGGAGUCGGGAUCAGGCAGUAUCUGAUUAUGUUGUGAUGUUCUUCAGAUUCAUAACCUCUGGUGAGAUAAGGAAGCGUUCGGAGUUCUUUGAACCCUUUAUACUUGGAAUGACGAAUGGAACUGUGGAACAGUUCUGCAAGGUAUCUGUGGAGCCAAUGGGUGAAGAAAGUGACCAUGUCCACAUUACAGCCUUAUCAGAUGCGUUGGGUGUGGCCAUUCGUGUUGAGUAUCUGGAUAGAAGCUCUUGUGAGAAUGGUGGUGUAAGCGUAAAUCAUCACGACUUCAUUCCUAGCACCACCAGCAAACCAUCAUCAUCAUCAUCCUCAGUUGAAGAAGAGAAAGUCGAAGAGCCCUUCAUUACCCUCUUGUAUCGUCCUGGUCAUUACGACGUUCUCUACUCAAAGUGAGGUCAACUGCAGCCUUGAAAGGACCAAGUUAAUUUCCAUUUCUCCUUUGUUAUGUUAAAUGGAACCAAUUCCUUGAUAAUUGGAUCGAUCAAUUGUAGCCGCUUCUUCUUCCUUCAUUUUACAUUGAGACUUUGCAUGCUUAGCCUAUAAAAAUACUUUGACAACUUGUUUCAGAUUUGCUUAAAAUGGUGAGAUCGAUCUCUUCUUUACUUAU